UUCAAAAUUUAAAUUUUUGUCCAAGUCUUGGAUGUCAUUUGGAUUCAUUGAUCAAUCCACCAAUCCAUUGGAUCCAAUCAAUUUGAUCCAUUGAUCCAUCAAUCCAAUCCAUGAAUCCGAUCCAAUUGCCAUCUCUAAUUACGUACAUUCCCUUCCUCUAAUUAGUAAUUUCAUCGAGAAUAUGAUGUGUUUUUCAAAUUAAUAUUUUUAAAAGCAAAAACAUUUGUAAAUUGGUUUGAUUUUUGUAUUCGUUAAAUUGAUGCAUCGUGAUUAGAGGUGGCAAAUGGAUUGGAUUGGUGGAUCCAUGGAUCAAAUGGAUUGGAUCUAAUGGAUUGGUGGAUUCAUGGAUUGGAUCAAGUGGAUUGGUGGAUUAUCCAUGAAUCCAAAUGACAUCCUCAACCAAGGAUCAAUAUGUAAAAUGUAAAAAGUUUAGGUACUAAAAUGUCAUAAUGAAAAAUUUUAGGUACCAAAACGUAAUUUUCCAAUGAUAUUUUCGUAUAAAAAAUUAAAUUUAAGGUACAAAAUGCAAAAAAAUAAAAAUUAUAGGUACUAAACCGUAAUUUGCCAAUGAUCCAUGGAGCCAAUCCAUGAAUCCACUUAUCCAAUUGGAUUUGGAUAAAAUGGAUUGGAUUUAAAUGGAUUGGAUUAGAUGGAUAUUUUUAAUGGAUUGAUGGAUUGGAUUGGUGGAUUGGAUUGAAAUUGUCACCUCUAAUCGUGAUAAAUAUAUGUACUAUAAUGUAUUAUCUAUAAAAUUGUGUAUUAUAGGUUACUGUAAUUAUUUUUAUAGUUUGAAAAAAUUACGUUACCAGAAAAUAUCACUUUAACCCGUCCUUUUUAUAUGAAAAAGACAAUACAAAUAUGUAGAGAUAUAACUAGAAUGGAAAAAGAUUUAACAAUCUCAUUCCAAACUAUAACAAUCCAAAACUAAAUGAUUUUUUUUUCACAUCAAUUAAUAAAAGCGUGCAUUGGCUAUACAAAAAAAAAAUUAUAAACACCGCGGAAAAAUUAUAUCGUUCUUACUCAAACAAUCAAUCAUCCCAUAGAAACAACAUGUAAUUGUAGGGAUGACAAUGAGUCAUUCGAGGGCGAAUAGUGUGUUGUUAUAUCGUUGUUACUCAAACAAUCAGUCAUCCCAUAGAAACAACAUGUAAUUGUAGGGAUGACAAUGAGUCAUUCGAGGGCGAAUAGUGUAUAUAUGUUGUCAUAUCAUAACCAAUUUGAGUUUUAUCUUUAACUAUACUCCCACAAGAUUUGGAUAGUAAAUCAAACCGUACACACAAUCAUUAUGAUUUCGAAUAUUAGUUAAUAUAACAGAUAAUUGUUCAUUUUUAUUUUUUCAUCUAAUGUGUUAAAAUUUGCGAGCAGAGUAGCAUUAUACAAGUGAAAAGAUUCCAGUUGGAUAGUAAAAAACCAUGGCUCAUUAUUCAUACUGUUUGGAUUCAAAUUUAUCCUAGGUCGAUUCUAGGUAGGGGCGGAGGACCGGUCGGCUCGGUUAUAACCGAUAACUGAAUGAUUGGUUAUCGGUCAACCGAACCACCUCCCCCCUAUCGACCAUCGAUUACAAGAGGGCUUAAGUCUUCGGUUAUCUCGGUUUUCGGUUAACCAAACAACCUCCAAGACCAAAACCAUAUCACCUAGCCUUCAAACACUGAUCGAGUUUCGGUUAUCUCGAUCAUCAGUUAGUGGAUAACUGACCAAUUUCGGUUGUAACCGGUCGAUUAACCGCUAACCGAUUAUACGGCCCGAGGGAAUGUGUGGAUUUAUAUUUUUUUUAUAGAAAAAGUGGAUUUAUAUUUUGGUGGAAGAAAGAAUGUUUCUUUGAAACGUGGCGAACGAUAAACGAUGGAGAAAGCAGGAGAAAAGGUUAGAAAAAGAGGGGCUAGGAUCAGGUAACUAAGAGGGGAGGCCUUAGUCACAUGACUAAGUCAAUCGCAGCCCUUCCACCUCAUUAAAAUCCAAGGGCUCCUAUUAGUCCAAUUUAAUGAAGGGUAAUGUAGUCAUUCCAUAUUUAUUUUUAACUUUCAAUUAUUAAAUAAUUUUUUUCGGCUCUUCUCUCCCUGCGGCCCGUCUCGUUUUUUUUUUCCCCGCCUGGAUCCGCCAUCGCCGACCAGGGAAUUUCUGUGCGGUCACUUUUUGUUAUUCCCUGAGAGAGAGAGAGAGAGAGAGAUUUUGUACUGUUAGUAUGCUUUGUAUUGUUUGUCGGUUUAUUUUGUAAUGUUUGUACGCUUUGUUAUUUUGUAAUGUUUGUCGGUUUUUUUUUUGUAAUGUUUGUACGCUUUGUUAUUUUGUAAUGUUUGUCGGGUUUUUUUGUAAUGUUUGUAAACUUUGUUAUUUUUGUGUAUCGUGUUUAUCAUUUUUGUCAACCAUGUUUGUAAUGUUUUUUAUGUCUAAAAAACACCUGGGUUGACUUUGGGAAGGAGCCCCUCUAUAUAGGGAUGGAGCCUCCAAAGUCAACCCGGGUGUUUUUUCAGUUCGUAUGGAUUGUCGGUAUAGUUUGUCAUUUUUGUCCACCAUGUUCGUACUGUUUGUAUGUCUAAAAAACACACGGGUUGACUUUGGGAAGGAGCCCCUCUAUAUAGGGAUGAAGCCUCCAAAGUCAACCCGGUUGUUUUUUUCCUUUUGUAUGGUUUGUAUUGUUUGUCGGUCUAGUUUGUAUUGUUUGUACAGUUCAUACGUUUGUAAUGUUUGUAUGUUUUGUCGCUUUAGUUUGUACUGUUCGUAUGUUUGUAUGGUUUGUACUGAUUGUAAAUCCAGUUUGUAUACUUUGUAAUUUUCCAUAAUACCCAAACUACUCCUGUCAUUAAUUAAAUAGCCCUUCCCACUUUUAACCAUCAGAUUGAUGUGUCCAGAUCUAAGGGGUGGGAGGGGCUUAGUCAAGUGACUAAGCACCCCCUUAGUCACUGGAUCCGCACUCGAGAAAAAGGUCAGUGCGAAAUCCCGCGAUUGGGAUUGGCUCCUUUACCCUUUUCGGCUCGGAGUUUAGCAGCAACACGACAAAACAAAAUAACAUGAAAAAACAAAAGAAAAUCCAGCUUCCCGCUCAAGCUUUCCCCCCACCCCUCUGCCGUUGCUCAGAAACUCUCAUCAGACGGUUUUCUGCAGAGCCACAGAACACAAAUGAAACGUGAAAACAAAAUCAAGCAACUGCAAAGAGCUCUCUCUUAUUCGAGACGUAUAUUUUCCGAACUCAAGAAAAUAUAUAAAAACUCUCGGACAAAGACAAAAAGAAGGAAAACCGUUCCAAAGAUCGCCGUUCAGAGCUGAGAGCCCGGAGCGAGGUUUUCAUGAGAGAGAAAUGGUAUUUUCGAAUCGCUUUGCUCACUCGUCGGAAGAAGCUAGGGUUAGCUCGUUGCUAGAGAGUUCGAUUUCCGAAAUGGCGAGGGGGAGAGGGAGAGCGGAAGAGCGAGGUGGUGACGACGGCGGCGACGGGAGCGACGAGGAAGAUCUGAAGUGGUGCCGCGUCAGGCGGAGGACGGAAUCGAGUGACGACGACGGUGAGGUCCGUGAAGAUAAUGACGAUCCGAGCGUGAGUUCCGCGGGUGCUGAGUUCGGCGACGAUUCGGACGGGCUGGGAGCAGCGCCGGAGCCGGAGGAUGAGGCAUCGCCGUACUACUUCGACGAGCUUGGCGUUGGAGACGGAGAAGACGAAGACGAAGGAGAAGGAGCGAGUCGGACUGUAGAGUUUGCAGCAAUGGCCGCGGAGAGACAGAUGCGCAGUGAAGGAGAGGAGGACAAGGAGCAGAGCGAGAGAGAUCGGAAGGAGAGAGAAGCCGUUGCAGUUCCUAGGAGUGGCGCGUUCUUUAUGCACGACGAUCGAACUAGUCAUCGAGGUCGAGGCCGGCAAAACUAUGGAGCGGGAAGAUUGAUUGAACACGACGAAGGAAAAUGGCAGCAUGACAAGUUCGAAGAAAUACAGGGAUCUUAUGACAAGAAGGCCAUGGACCAUAAAUCAUCAAGAAUUGUGAGAGGGAGAGGGCCCAUAAAGUAUCCGCUCGCCAGACCCUACAGCAGAUAUCCACCGAAGGAGAAUGAGAAAGCUUGGAUGUCUCGGGAAACAAGAUCAAAUUCAGGGAGGGUGUUAGCAGAAGCUUCAAGUCAAGUUGGUUCAUCUGCAUUGAAGAAGGAAGUGUCUGCAUCUUAUGUGAAUUGUGCAUCACGCAUGGAUAAUCCUACAAUAUCUACUUUCAGUCAUGCCAUCUCCUCAUUAACUAAAAGAGAUGUGCAGAAAAGAAAUACUGAAGGAGACUCGCCGAAAUCUGUCCUGUCAAAGACUGAUCCAUCCAUGGAAACUGCCUUUGCAUCUCGACUUGUGAGGGGUUUGGGUGAUUCUACUGGGAGGGACCAGCGUCCUAGCAAUGAGUUGAUCAGGGAAAAUAAUCUUGAAUCCGUUCAGUGGCAGGGUCAGGGUCAGGGAACUGGUUUGCCAUUUGCACCGCAGCAUACCUAUCAGCAUCCUGCUACUAGCCCAAAUGGAGGUGCUCUGAUGAUAAACAACCAUGUUCUGCCACAAACAUCAUUCAACAACUCAUUUCCACCAUAUUUCGGAGGUUGUAGUCCGGAGUAUACACUUUUUGGAUCACCAUCUAGAGCUCUUCUACCGAGUGCAUCAGAAAUUGGGACAUUGUUCGUAUCUGCUGGAUUAAACACCGAGUUGAUCCGUCCAGCUGCUGAUCGUCAACUAGCUUUUCUGCCUCUGCAGCCAGUAAUGACCUGGUCAAAUAGUCCUCAAUCUCUUCAAUGGAAUUUGUCUCCUUCACCACAGCAUGUUUAUCAGUAUACGGGUUCUAACCAAAAUGGAGGUGCUCUGAUGGUAAACAACCUUGUUAUACCACAAACACCUUUCGGCAACUCAUUUCAACCCCAGUUCCAUGGUUAUGGUCAGCAUUUGUAUUCUCCUUCUGGAUCAUCUAGUGUAUUCGAUAACUCAGAAAUGGCAAUGGCUGGGAGUGUAAGUGCUGCAGAUGGAAGCUAUGGAAGAACUUAUUCUGGACUUGAUACUCAUACCAAUCAGAACUUUACAACCACUGAGAAUCUCGUCCCUGUAAACCAAGUUACGAGCCAGCAUCAUGGUGAGUUUGGGGAAAUUGGAAUAUCUAACGUACCUGCAUAUUUUGCUGCUGAACCGAAUUUCGGGAGCUCUGCUUCUGGUUUGGCAUGGCCGCAAGUCUGGCCAGCCAAUGCUGGAAGUGUAAGCUCUGCCUAUCCUUCUUCUACCUAUCCCACACCCACAACCAGUGCAAACCGCCGUGCCAAGCCAACAGAACCGGAGUCUUCUCUCGCCAUUACUGGGUCCGUGACCACACAAUUUGUAAAUUUUCACGAGGGUAGCAACCCUGUGGAUGGAUCUGAAAUGCCAAAUACAUCGCGUGGAGAAGGAGGCAACAAGCUUCAGAGGUACACGAAAAUGAAUUUCGAUGAUCGACGUAAGUAGAUCAAGGUCGCAUUAGUGUAGGAGCAGGUCAGAAACCUGGUCCCUCGAAUUUCUUACAUAGAACAUGCAUUUUCCCACUCUCUCCCUUGUUUCACUAUCCUGUUGAAGUUUGUUGUGGCAGGAAACUUGCUGGUGAUCAUCGCAACUCGAAUGGUUCGACAUUGCUCGACUCUUCAUACGACUAGAUUACCGAAAAGGAACUUCACAUUUUUUUGUAGCUAUAGGGAGAGGAAUUUGGUGUUUCGGGCUCGUGCAGAUACCCACACAGACUCUUUUGAAACAUUGGAGGAGAAGAAGGUACAGGUAAAUUGGCUCCCCCUAUUCCCACAAAGAAAUUUUUGUAAGCACCAACCUCUCCCUAACUCUCACUCUCCAACGCUUUCAUCAUAUAUUUUCAUAUGCAGCCAAGCAGCAUAUGUUUUUUUAGCUGUUACCAGUCACUGAUCAAAUGAUUCAAAUGAGUGUCCUUACAAAAAUUUCCAAUCCAUAACGUGGUCAGCUUGUAGAGCUCUUCAUGUUCUGUAAGCCAAUAAUCAAAUGCGUUGGCCAGUAGAUGGGCAUCAAUUAGAUGUGCCUGACACCAUGUAUGUGGAAAUUGAAAGGCUAUCUAGCUGGCGUCUCUUACAUUUUGUUUAGUUGUCAUUAGUAUUUUGAAUCCUCAUCUUCACUUAAUUGUCGGUGAAUUUACUUGUGUUCGUUUUUCAGUUUUCAUCGUCUAGCUCUUACAACUUGGAUUCGUUUGGUUUUGGUGAUUGUUUGGUGGGGAUAGUUAUAAUGCAUGUAUUGUUCACAAUGCAUUGUUUUUUUUUUUAAAUUUCUGCACAAACAAUACAUGCAUUGUUUGCUUGAUUGGACACAAAGUAUCACUCAAAAUGAGUGAUAGUUAAAUCUCAAGUUUUUUGUGAGAUUGUUUGGUUAUUUUUUCUUCCAACUAUGUCCCUACCUUUCCAUGUGUGUUACUUUUUUAUACUAAAAGCAAAGGGUAAAAGUGGCAUUUCAUCCAAAAAGCAGUAUAACUUGUUUAAAUACUACAAUAACUAUCGCACAAACCAAACGAUGUAAACUAUAAUACACCAAUUUUCUUAUAUACAUCCAUAUUAGUAUACAUGCAUUGAUGACAAUCCAUCAAUUUAACUAUCAUCAAAACCAAACAACCAAACGACCUUUGUGUUUGUUAUCUAGGGAGCGGUACUGAAAUUUUGCGGCAAAUUCUAAGAACUGGGAUAAUGCAUAUACAUUGUGAAUGAACUGUGCUGCUGUCCUGCAGCUUUUGCUAGCAAAGUAGGCAGUUGCAACUUUUCAAGUCAUUGACCGUGGAAAAUGAUGGGCAAGCUCCCUAUUCCAUGUUGUCAGUCUUCUUUGGUCUGUGGCGUUUCCCUAUUUGUUUUGGAGGUGUCUGAGAUAAGUCCUGUCUAAUUUGAGUCGAUCUCGUGUGAAUGAAUGUUAUUCGUUUCGCGGAUAAUUCAGAACAGAAAUUUAUCGCGGCUUCAAUAUUUUAAUCAACUAUGUUCAUAUUUUUCAUGUUGAGUGUAAAAAAUUUCAUCACAAACA